UCUCUCUCUCUCUCUCUCUCUCUCUCUCACACACAAAUACAUGCAUACACACGCACACAUACACACACUCACACACACAUGCACACACACUCAUGCACCCACACUAUCUAGCCAGAUUUUGUUUGGCAGUGAUAGCUUGGUAUUUCUAUCUGCUGGUACAGAUCUAGUCCCCACCCCCUGACUGCAUGGUGAAGUAUACAAAAGGGCUGGAAAAGGUUUUGGUCUUACUCCAACAACUCUAGUCUGGUACCCGAGGUGAACAUAUAGAUGCUGCGACCACCCACCGCUACAAUGGGUAAUGUACAGUAAACAAUUAAUGUACCAGAAGGUCUUUGGGAUGUGGAUGGAAACCAGGGCACCUGAAGAAAACUCACACAGUCGUAGGGAGAGCAUGCAAAUUCCACACACAUAUAACUUGAUGUCACGUUCAAACCCAGUUUGCCCAAUCUAUGAGACAGCAGCAGUAACACUGUCCUCCUGUACUGUCUGAAUGCACUAUUGGUUGAAGAUUCCCAUGAGCCAAAUGCAAGUACGGGGAAACUUCUGCAGAUUUUUCUUGUUAGUUUGUGGGAGGAGUUAUAAUUUGUGGUGAUGAGCAAAAUGCACCUCAAAUAUGGACUGAAUUCAGUUUGGUAGCGGUAAUGAGUCCCGGAGAUGAAAAGGAACAGACCUGCAAACAGACCUGACCUUUCUGUGCAUGCUCUCUAACUAUCGUAAACAGUUUAAGAUUAGUCUCAAUAAUGGAACCUGCCAUUUGGAAUUUAAACAGAGGAAAUGUGUUUGUCAAUCAUAUCUCCACUCUUGUCUCUCUGGAAAUGUUUCAGUUUGGUUCCACAAUCACGAUUCAGUUUGGAUCAUAGGGGUCUUAUCAGAAACAUUCCUAUGUUUUCCAAGCUCAGCAAGCUAAAAUCAUGAAGAUAACAAUCGAGAAAAGGCGCCGAGAUCGGAUAAACAGCAGCAUCAACCAGCUAAAGACUCUACUGGGAAGAGAGUUUCAAACGGAAGAACCGAACAUGAAACUGGAGAAAGCCGACAUUCUGAAAAUGACAGUGAAUUACCUGAAGUAUCACAACCAACAGCUCAGAGCAAGCUGUACGACUGGUAACCCGGAGCGAGACUAUAACGAAGGAUACUCCCGGUGUUUGCAGGAGGCUCUUCGAUUUUUCUCGACCCACGAAGGCAAAAGCGACAUUCAGAAGAAGCUGGUGACACGCUUCCAAAGGAUACAGCCACGGUGCCCGGCCAAAGGUCUACUUUACGGUGUAUAUCUUCCUUACACUGCUUCUUGUCAGACUGGCACUGAGCAAACACCCCAGUCCAACCCCGCGGCUCUCUGGAGACCCUGGUAAAUCUUGAACCAGGAGCCGCACACGUUUAAGACUCUUGUUUACUGGGCGAUGGUGAACGCGUUGUAGGAGAAUCGUUCUCCAGAGUCAGGUAUAACUAUUUCGUGAUAAGACUUGAUAUGUUGUAAGCUUUUCUUCAUAUUGAAGACGGUGUAUUUCCUUGAACUAGGGAACUUGUCCUUUUGUAAUCUCUGUCCUGUCGUUAUGUUAUUCGUGGGAUUUCCAGAUAUUUUAUUGCAAUCGUUUUCGACAAAUUGAUUAUAAUAUGUAGCUGGCGUAGGAGGGAUGUUUCUCCGCUUUAUAUCCGCAGAUCCCAGACCGGGAUAAUCUUAUUUAUUCUUCAUGGUGAAGAGAUGCUGCAAAGUUUGGGGUUAAUUGUCUGUGGAGUAACGGGCGGCUCUGAACAGAUGUUUGUUGUUUGAUUGCUUAUGAAUUAAAAUAUCUGGAUAGAUUAUUCCUGAAUUUCUUUUCUCUGUCACGCAUUGCAAACCUUUCCAUUCGUUCCUCUAGUCCACGGUGAUGUUCUACCCCGAACAUCUACUUUCUUUGCCUGAUCACCAGUACAAAGUCGUAUCUCUUUUGGAGAAAACCGGGAUCAUUACACUGCUGAUCUGACAAUUUUGGCUUGAUAAUCUUCUGCAAAUUUUCCAUCUCCACUGUCAUUUCCCCAACGUAAGCUGCUAUUAAACAGCACCUAUUUGCUCUCCUCUCGCUAUCACUGGUGUUUCAUAAUUGUCUAUUUCUGAACCCUGUUAUUCGUUAUUAUCUUCAGUGACUUCUCCAUUGAUGAGGUUGGUUCCCACGUGGAGGCAAUGCCGCCUGCUGUGGUUCUGCACUGCGAACAUUCAUACUGUUUGUAUAUUAUCAGACCAUAUAUCACUGCUGGGCUCUGAGUGAAUACUAACUUUUAACAGAGUAACGAUGACAACGCUGUAAUCAUCUACUGCAGAUGUUACCAGCACUGGGGUGUCUCUGGUACUUCACUGGGGACAGUCCAGGCCAGUCAACCAUGUCAGCACCCUCGGCACACAGCUCGGUGUUCAUCUCAGCUUUUAUUACUACCUUGUUCAAUAAAACAUCGUUUCCUUAAAUCCUUGUAUUCCGCUUUUCCUCUUCAUUCUUCCCUUCGAACAAUCAUGUGUUGUUUGUUUGGGUGACUCGGUAAAUGAUUAUGUAAAUGUUUAUUUUCCUUUAUGUAAAGAGAGAUAAAUCUUAUUUUUGUAAUUUGUUCUACACAUAUUGUUGGCACUCCAUUGAAUUGUAUAUUGUCAAAAUAAAAACCCGA